UUCAGACUUUCUUGCGCGUGGUUGUUCGUAUGCCCUGGUAAAGCGCUAACAAACUUGUCGACUUAUUGUUGUUAUUGAUUAACAAAUAACAAAGUCUACGGCGAACACUACGAAGCCGGCAAACACCGCCAACGCCAAAAAGUAACAAUAGCAACCACAACAAAAGCGACUAAGCCAAGCUUACCGCAAACGUGUAAAUACGAGUGGGAGGGCAAAAGUGAGUGAGACCAGAUUUUGUGGGUUCAUAUUUUGUUAAGUGCAAAUAAAAGUCGUGCUUCGUGUGCCAAAAAAGAAAGAAAAGUGAGAGAGCGAGAAAGAGGAGAAACGCAAGCGGCAAUAACAAAUACCAUAAAAAAUAUAAGAAAUAGAAAUAGCAAAAUAGCAAUUAUCCAGCGCAGUAGCGUGUAAAAGAAUUAACAACAAUAACAGCAGCCAUAAGUAAAAGACGCCGCUAGCGACGCCAACGCCACCUAAAAGAAAGUGUCACCGUUUGUCGUCGCAUCCCCCUGCCCCCUUUUUGAAAGACGGUCAUCUCACCCAACAGCAAACAGACCCACCACCUAUACAACAACAAGAACAGCAUCAAAGCAGCGACGCAACGCCGCAGCAGUAGCAGCAACAGAGGCAGCGCAGUUUUUCGCACAACAAAAACAAUAAGAGAGCGGCAAAAUAUAAAAGAAUAAAACAAACGGCGACAUCGAGUGAAAUUAACUUUUAUAAUUUAUUUAAAUACUAGCCAAUAUAACAAUUAAGUCGAAGAACACAUAGAAUCGGCAACAGCAACAACGGCAGCUUCGUCUUCCUCUUCUUUAACAACAACAACAGCAACAACAAUAAAAGCAUAACGAAGAUAAACAAAAUGGCAACACUAAACAAAUUUACAAAAACUUUAUCCAUUGAUGAAAAGGCCGAGAUAAAAGAGAAAUUUACAGAGUUGGAUGCCAACAAGGAUGGCUUCAUCGAUCUGAUCGAGCUGAAGGAUGCCCUCAAUCAGGUGGGCUUCAAGCUGGCCGGCUAUCAGGUGCGCGAGAUGAUCGAUGAGUUCAAGAGCAAACAGCGUACCGCACAUCAGGGCAAACUCAAUUUGGAGGAGUUCGAGACGCUGUGUCUGGAUCUCAAGUCCAAGGAUGUGGCGAGCACAUUCAAGACUGUCGUAUCGAAAAAGGAGAAUCUGGAGACGUUGGGCGGCAUGUCGAGCAUAUCAUCCGAGGGCACCACGCACUCGGUGCGUCUCGAGGAGCAGCUGGCGUUCUCCGAUUGGAUCAACUCGAAUCUGGGCCACGACAAGGACCUGCAGCAUUUGUUGCCCAUCGAUGCGGAGGGCAAGCGUCUAUAUCAGUCGAUCAAGGACGGCAUCUUGCUGUGCAAGAUCAUCAAUCACUCCUGCCCCGACACCAUCGAUGAGCGCGCCAUCAACAAGAAGAACCUCACCGUCUAUCGCGAAUUUGAGAAUCUGACGCUGGCGCUCGUCUCAUCGCAAGCCAUCGGCUGCAACAUUGUCAACAUCGAUGCCCACGAUCUGGCCAAGGGUAAACCGCAUCUGGUGCUCGGUCUGCUCUGGCAGAUCAUUCGUAUCGGUCUCUUCAGUCACAUUACCCUGGACAGCUGCCCCGGAUUGGCUGGCCUGCUGUUCGACAACGAACGUCUCGAGGAUCUGAUGAAAAUGUCACCGGAGGCGAUCCUGUUGCGCUGGGUCAAUCAUCAUUUGGAGCGGGCGGGCAUCUCGCGUCGUUGCACCAACUUCCAGUCGGACAUUGUCGAUUCGGAGAUCUAUUCGCAUUUGCUGAAGCAGAUUGCCGGCAACGAGGCUGAUGUCAAUUUGGAUGCAUUGCGUGAAUCCGAUCUGCAGCAGCGUGCCGAGAUUAUGUUGCAACAGGCGGCCAAGCUCAACUGUCGCAGCUUCCUCACGCCUCAGGAUGUGGUGAACGGUGUCUACAAGCUGAACUUGGCGUUCGUGGCCAAUCUGUUCAACAAUCAUCCCGGUCUCGAUAAGCCCGAGCAGAUCGAGGGACUCGAAUCCAUUGAGGAGACGCGCGAGGAGAAAACUUAUCGCAACUGGAUGAACUCGAUGGGCGUGGCGCCCCAUGUCAAUUGGCUGUACUCUGAUUUGGCCGAUGGCCUCGUCAUCUUCCAGCUGUUCGAUGUGAUCAAGCCGGGCAUCGUGAACUGGAGCCGUGUGCACAAACGUUUCACGCCGCUGCGCAAGUUCAUGGAGAAGCUGGAGAACUGCAAUUAUGCCGUCGAUCUGGGCAAGCAGCUUAAAUUCUCGCUGGUCGGCAUCGCCGGACAAGAUCUGAACGACGGCAAUGCCACGCUCACAUUGGCUCUCAUUUGGCAGCUGAUGCGCGCAUACACAUUGUCGAUACUGUCGCGUUUGGCCAACACCGGCAAUCCGAUCAUCGAGAAGGAAAUCGUGCAGUGGGUGAACACACGUCUCGCCGAUGCCGGCAAACAGUCGCAGUUGCGCAACUUUAACGAUCCGGCCAUUGCCGAUGGCAAGAUUGUUAUCGAUCUGAUCGAUGCCAUCAAGGAGGGUAGCAUUAACUACGAGUUGGUCCGCACCAGCGGCACCCAGGAGGAUAAUCUGGCCAAUGCCAAGUAUGCCAUAUCGAUGGCGCGCAAGAUUGGCGCACGCGUCUAUGCGCUGCCCGAGGAUAUUACCGAGGUGAAGCCCAAGAUGGUGAUGACCGUCUUUGCCUGCAUGAUGGCGCUCGAUUAUGUGCCCAACAUGGACAGCGUCGAUCAGAACAGCGUCAAUCACAACAACAGCAAUUGAAGCGAGUGCAGUAACAGCAACAUCAACAGCAACAGCAUCAAAAGAAUCCACCAGAGCAACAACUCAAUUAUAUAUAUUUACUUGAAAUGAAAAGGAGUAAUUAAACAACAAACAAAACACACACAAGUACACCCACAUACAUAUGCAUAUGUAUUUGCUAAUUAACUGCAACUAACCAACUUUAAAACAUUUGGCGCAACAACAACAACAACAACAACAAAAAACAGCAGUUGCAGCUGCUGCUGCUGUUCUUUUCAAGCUUUUUUUCUACAACAUUUCUAUUGUAUUAUUUUGUUUGUUUGCUACAGCAAAACGAGAUCGCAGCACUUUAAAUUAAUAUUACUUAUUUUUUUUUUUUAAAUAAUUUAAUUAUACAAAUUUAUGAUAUGGAACCUUAUUUUAUAAAUAAAGGUUUGGUCUGCCUUUCUGUAUACUCCUCCGCUUUCGACGAGUUUUUCCGUCUUCUGUUUCAUGCCUUCUCCCCCAUACAAAGGAAAUUUUUGUAAUCAUAAUAUUUAAUAACAACUAACUAAAAAAGAAAAACAAAUACUUUGUAAUAUAUAUUUAUAUACAUAAAAGAAAACCAUAUACAUAUACUUAUAUACAUACUAUAUAUGCAUCAUAUAUGUGUAUAUGUAUCUAUUUUUGCAUCAAGAGUUGCCUGAUAAACAAGAGGGACAAAAGUGUAAGAAAAAUAACAACAACAACAACAACUACAAAAAGACGCAAACAAAUAGCGGCGACUUUUUUUUUCUAAUUGUAAGCAACACGAUAACAACAAACAAGAACAUUUUUAAGCCACUUUUGUUUAUGUUUUUCCCGACAUUUUUUUUUUUUAUUAUUAUUUUGAUGUGUUUUUAUUCUUGUAUUUUGUGUGUUUCGCAUUAGAGCGAGACGGCAUAAAUCGCACGGCUUAGAAAGAGCCAGCGAAUGAUCGAUUGAUAUAAGAAAUGGCAACAGUUUUUAGUGCAAUGAGGCGAAAAAUAUACAACAAAUUUGAUAAAAGAAAAACCAACAAACAAAAACAAAACGUAAAUUUAAAACGUAAACAUAAAAGUAAAGCUAA